GGCGGAUAAUGCGGAUAGUACAUGUGGCAACAGUUGAAGAGGGUGGGGUGGAAAACAUUGAAAGGACCAGACAUGCAAAUAAUUCAAGAAAGGCCUAACCUGUAGAACAAUUGAGAGUACAAUGAAUGCUGUCGUGGAAGACACGUGCGAGUCGGUGGAGGAUGUGAUCACAGUGGGCACCCACGUGAUAGUCAAGAAACAAGAUUUCAGCAAGAUAUACAAAGUGUCUGAGAAUGGUAUUUUAAUGUUAGGAAAAAAUCAAAGGGUAGAAAUGCAGGAAAUCAUUGGCAAACCAUUCUGGAGCACGUUCGAGAUGAUACCCUUGCUGAGCAACAAGGGUACUUUCACCUUGAAACUGACAGAUGAAAUAGAACCAUGGAACGAUUUAAAGGGCGAGCUGAGUGGUUGUGACAAUCGUUCCAUCACAGAUGAUGGUACAUCCCAACGGCUGUCGAAGGAGGAGAUCUUGCAGUUGCGGGAAGCCGGUAAGACUGGCAAGGAAAUAAUCAGUAGCCUCAUUGAGAACAGCAAAUCUUUUUCUGCCAAGACGGAGUACUCCCAAGAGAAGUACAUCAAAAAAAAGAAACUCAAAUAUUUUAGGUUCCUGACAAUACACAAGACAUCUAUAUUAUUGUUGCAUGAAGUAUACUUUAAAAGAAAACACGAGAAAAUCGGAGGAUUGAGAAUGGAUGCUCUGGCACAGAUGUUGUCCUACAGCGAUGUACAAUCUGAUGGCUUGCACCUAUUAUACAGCAAUGGAUUUCAAGGAUUACCUGCAGCGGCUAUGAUCAACAGAAUAGGUAUGAACACUAGUGGUUAUCUAAUCAACUUACAUCCUGGUAACAUGCCUCAAACUACAUUCAUUGAAGCCAUGAACUUUCCCGAAGAAUUAAGAAACAGGCACCUUGCAGUAAAUAUUUAUACUUUUUUGAGAUUACAUUAUCAAGGUGAAUCAAGCAUAAUAGACAAUAUUUCCAAAAAGAUUGUUAAUAAAGGCAUUGAAGAACAAGAUACUGAAAAAUCGUCGGAAGAAUCUGAAGGAGAAACUAUGAAUGACGAAGUAUCCGAAACGGACAUGGAAGUUUCAGAACUAGAAACUGAAGCAAAAGAAAAUGGUACGUUUCUUACAAACGAUACUAGAGAAGAUACCAAUACUUUGAAACGAAAACUCGAAUCUGAAAAGCUCGGGAUAGAAGCAGCGGAAUUGAAGAAACCGAAGAAAUCUACAAAUCAAUUAAAAUGGUUGUUAGAAACAAAACGCGCUGUGGAUUUAUUAAGCAGCACGAAAGCCCGUGGUUUAACAAUCGUAGCGAAAGAGCAUCCUUUACAAAUCGCAAACGCAUUGCUGCCCUUCUUGGGAAUCUCACGGCCGUUUGUUAUCUUCCAUGCGCAUCGGGAACCUUUGCAGGAAACUUAUGUGGAACUCAAGCAGAAACGCAAUGUAAUAAAUUUGAAAUUGUUUACGAACUUUUUACGUUCGUAUCAAGUAUUGCCCGACAGGACACACCCCGAUAUUUUGACGAAUGAUACCGGUGGUUAUAUUUUAACGGGUUACUUAGUUGAGUAACACAUAAAAAUUGUUUUUAUCAAAUUUUGACAUGAAAAAUUGAUCCGUUUAGACUCGCAUACUCAAUACCAAUGAAAUACUAAACAAGUAAAA